UCUCUCUCUCUCUCUCUCUCACACACACACACACACACACACGAGACAUAAACAGAUGGAAAGAGAAGGAACAUCCUCAAAAGAAGAAGAAAGAGGAAGAAAACUGAAAAGAAUAUGUGUAUUUUGUGGGAGUCGAACUGGUUUUAGAUCUUCAUUUACUGAUGCUGCCUUAGAACUUGGUCAAGAACUGGUUAAUAGGAAAAUUGAUCUCAUCUAUGGUGGAGGAAGUAUUGGCUUGAUGGGAUUGAUUUCUCAAACUGUCUUUAAUGGAGGUUGCCAUGUUCUUGGAGUGAUGCCCAAAGCUCUCUUAUCCCGUGAGAUAUCAGGGGAAACAGCGGGGGAGUUAAGAAUAGUGGAAGAUAUGCAUCAACGGAAGUCUGUAAUGGCUGAAAAUGCUGAUGCUUUCAUCGCACUUCCUGGAGGGUAUGGCACCAUGGAAGAGUUACUGGAGAUGGUCACUUGGUCUCAACUUGGAAUCCAUGACAAACCCGUCGGGCUGUUAAAUGUGGAUGGAUACUACGAUAGUUUACUUGCUUUGUUUGACAAAGGAGUAGAAGAAGGUUUCAUAGAAGUUUCAGAAAGAAAGAUUAUGGUUUCGGCAAUUACAGCACAAGAUUUGAUCACUAAACUAGAGGAAUAUGUGGCAGUGCAUGAAGGGGUUGUACUCAAACAAAGUUGGGAAAUGGACCAAUCAUCUUCGGUCUAAUAAAAGUUGGAAAAAUCUCCUAAAAUAUAUUUGAUGUUGAGUGAUUUAAAACUAAACUAAGCUAAUUGUUUUUUUAUGAAGUUUGUAAUAUAUUUGUAUAUUACGUAUGAAAACUUAUAUGACUUUUGGAUUGUCAUGUUUUAAAUUCUAAGGUUAGGUUGUUAAAUGGAAUAAGAUAAGAGGGGAUGGGAUUUGGGUGAACAUGACAAGCUUUGGUAAAUAAUAAGGAUUAAGGAUGAGAAGGCCAAUAAUGAGUAUUAAAUGAUUAUUGAAUGUGCCGUGUCCGACCUUAAUCCAUACUUUGUAUGAUGCAAG